UCUCUCACAUCUGAAGACAAUGGCUGGCACUUCAGAGCAUCUAGUGCUUCUACAAAGCAAUUGGAGGACUUCAGCCUCCAACAGAUGGCACAAAAGAUGGGGGAAGGCACACCAAAAUGGUGGGGUCUGCUUGGGACAUUGCUUGAUGAUAAGGGAUCAGGAGAGCUGGGUGGGCAAAAUGAGCACAUCAUGAAUGAAACAUUGGAAUCAGAGAGGGAAUUUGGCAAUUACUGGGAUGAAGUGGAUGAGAUUGAUCUUGAGGGGAUGAUCAACAAACUUACUGGGGAAUACCCAUCAGUCAAGGAAAGGUGUGCUAAUCACUGCUCUGCAAUAAAGUUGAUGAAAAAAAUGAUAGUCAGCAGUGUCCUCAUGCACAGCACCAACCAGAAAUCCAAUACACUGCAGAGUCUUCUUGGCCUGUUCUUGCAGUCAGCUCAU